AGAAAAUUUGUCUCGAUUCGUUCUUGACAGUGAAUAUGUGCGGCCAGUGUAGUGCCCGGUCUAAACAUAGAUGCUCUGAAAUAAGUUCAACAAUUGCAAUCACAUAAUAAUUUCUUUUCGAGCUCGAAGCACGAAAAUGUCAGCCAAAUAUCGCGGUAAAUGCGAUUUUUAACUGAAAUCGAAACGGAACCCAUUCUAAAAACCAAACUGAACCAAAAAUGAUGCCGCAAGCCAGCCAAAACAAAUAAUUGCGAUGGCUGACCAACGGCCGCUGCUUGAGUACAAUGACGACGAGACGAAGGAUGGCAACGCAGAUGCCCCGGAGCCGGCCUUGACGGGCAUUAGCUUUAAGCACGGCGCCACACCCUCGCUGGCCUGGUACGGCCGUCAACUGGUGCUGCGCCGUAAGCUGCUCAUAGGCCUGUUGCUGAUAUUCAUAUUCUCCUAUUUCCUCAUCGGACCGGCCGAUGUGUUGGACCUGGAGAACGUGCAGGUGCAUCAUCAGUCCAAUGUAUUGGACAUGGAAGCUGUCGAUUUGAUCCCAACGCAACCGCUUUUAUUGACAACCAUUGAGCACACAACUAAUCUGAUGCAAUCAUCGAUAACCCCUAUGCCACAAGGCUAUCUCGUGUACAGCAAUCACUGCCGGAUCGUGGACCUAGAUCCGUUCAAGCGCGAGGUGAUGCGCCAUUUCAAGCGCGUUUCCUACAAGCCCUGCCAGACACGCCCGCCACUCACAAGGGUGCACUAUGAUGGCAAUGCACAGCGCUAUGUCCUGAGCGUGGAAUCCACGGCUCUGGCCAGCUACAAGAAAGGCAGCGCCCUGAGCUGUUGCUAUAUGGGCGUGGAGCGUGCCAGUGAGACAGAUGUCAACUACACGCCUUGCCAGAAAUUUAAAGGUUUAGCUCAGUUGUCCAACACCACGGACAGCAUCAUAGUCAAGUGUAAAUCGGCCAAGGAGCGAGUCUACAUCAACGGACAUCCAACCAUACCGGAACGUGUGGCCGUGCGACAGCGACUGGAGCGCUGGGCGCACAAGGAUCGCGGCCGGCGUGUGCCCAGCGUGCUGAUGAUAGGCAUCGAUAGCAUCUCGCGAGUGAAUCUCAUACGUGCGAUGCCCAAGACAGCACAGUAUUUGUACGACGAAGAUUGGUUUGAGCUGGCGGGCUAUAACAAGAUAGAUGACAAUACAUUUCCAAACAUAAUGGCUCUUAUGGUGGGCUACAAUCUGACCAAUGCCAUGAAGCACUGUAAUCCCUACCACGUGAAUGGCCUAGAUAAAUGUGAUUUCAUUUGGAAGCUGUUCCAAGAACAUGGCUAUGUGACCGCCUACGGCGAGGAUGCGAUCAAGAUCAAUACAUUUAAUUACCUAAAAAAGGGUUUCCAGCAACCGCCCGUGGACUACUAUUUGCGUCCGUAUUUGUCUGCCGCGGAGAAGCUACUCGGCGGCAAUAUAGUACUUGGUCUGCCACACUGUGUGGGAUUUGAAACGGAGGCGGAACAUGUGUACAACUAUGCGCAGGAGUUUGCCAAGCGCUAUCGCAACGACAGCUUCUUCGGGUUUUUCUGGACGAACACACACAGCCACAGCGACAUAUCGCAGACCAGCUCGAUGGAUGAGUACCUGCGUGGCUAUCUACAGCGUCUGGUGGCGCAGGGCACGAUGGAGCACAGCAUUGUGGUGUUUUUCAGCGAUCAUGGGCUGCGCUUUGGACCGACGCGUGCCACUUGGUCGGGUCACUUGGAGGAGCGGCUGCCUUUCCUGUUCAUCUGGCUGCCGCCAUUUGUGCGGAAGGCGCAUCCGGAGUUUGUUGAAGCACUGCGCCAGAAUCGUAAUCGUCUGACCACGCCCUACGAUCUGCACAUGACACUUAAGCACAUACUCACGCUUUCGGGUCGCUCCGGCAGCCUGGAGUCGCUGGGCGGCGCCAAGGAUUGCCCGCAGUGCCAAAGUAUGUUGCUGCCAGUGCCGCUUAAUCGCAGUUGCGAGGAUGUGGCCAUUGAGGAUCACUGGUGCACAUGCUGGGCGUACGAUAGCGUCUACAAGAACUCCAAGACAGUGCGUCAGCUGGCCAAGCGUGUGGUGCACUAUCUGAACGAUUAUAUUAACAAUUUUCGUAAUGGAAGCCUGGCCCAUCUGUGCGUCCCGCUGUCGCUGCAGAGCGUGAGCGCCGCUUACAAGGCGCAUCCGAAUGACAGCGAGCCUGGCCAUAUACAGAUCUAUUGGCUAAUCUUCUAUACCGCACCCAAUAAGGCGCUGUACGAGGCAACGGUGCGUUACAACACCCAACUGCCCGAGGAGGAUAACCUGCUGGUGACCGGCUCUGUGAGUCGCCUCAAUACGUACAGCGGGGAGGCCGAUUGCAUGAACGAUUUUGCAAUUAAGAAGUAUUGCUAUUGCCGUCACAAGGGCGCUUGAUUCGAAUCGAUUAUAUGGGAUUCAUAUAUUAUUUAGAUUGCUUAGUCUUAAGCCCCCAAGUGCCGUUAAUAGUAGUUGUUCUAGGGCUAAGCAAAGGUAGAUGUUUAACUCUCCCUCUAAGUAGCCGCCGUGUGGGCGUUAACACCUCGACUCGGGAACAUUUCCAGAGCAGCAACGUGAUAAUAUUUAUUUAACUAGUGUAAAUAACAAUUUUUUUUGUACAGGAAAUGUACAAGGAUUUACAUUGAAAUGCAAAGGCCAGACGCGUCUUAAGAUAUAACUUUUCGUGCAAAGGAACAGAAUAUAGCGACUCCAAGCGGUACGUCUUCUCUGUGAGUGUAGCUAACUUCUUAAGUCAGUAAAUGGAAAGAUGACAAACCUAACGCUACACGAGAAUCUUCUAGAUAAACGCAAUUAUUAAUUUCAUGUACACAUGAAUCUCCUUUUAUUCGGGAGUACCUGUUCGAUCAAAGCUAGAAUCAGGAUUAAUUGAACCGAAUUGUUAGUUAUGCUGUCCUUCAAGUUCGUUUCAGGAACCGAUGAGGGAUAAGCAACCUUGCUUUCUUCACAUUGGUUGUAGUUGUAGUCGGGUUGAAAUCAACUUUCUUUUCUGUUCUAUGAGCCUUUCGGUUCACAUAAAGAAGAGGAAAUGAACGGUCUUACAUUUAUUUUUUAAGAUAUUUGGGAUUGGUUCUUUAAUUACAACACAAUUAUCGCCACUUUUAAAUACAUUUCGAUUCUCCUCGAGAAGCAUAAGGAAAAUUUGAUUAUGUCUGUAUCAUAAACUAGAGCUUGGAAAUUUGCUAGUAGAAGAAUCCAAGAAAAAACCCCAAAUCUUAAUUAAAUGAGAAAUAGGAAAGCAAAUGACCAUUGUAAAUAAUAAUUUCUCACUUCUAACGUUCUUUAUGUAUAUAUUACUCGAUUCCCAAUUACAUAUAUUUAGAAACCAAACAAACAACGAAUGCCAAGAUUUCAAUUAUUAUUAUAUGUAUAUUCAAGUAUUUAAGUUUAAGUAAAACUAUGUAACUAAAAAAAUUUGUGACAAGUUUAUUUCAUAGAUACAAAUUUAGUAAAGCGUUGUUUUGUUUAUUGUAAUAGGAAAUGAAAACAAAUGAACCAAAAUAAAAUAUAUACUUAUAUAUAUAUAUUGAUUUCGCGUUUGGAAAUAAUUCAAAACUUAGUCGAGAAUUGCAAUUGAUUUAUUGUGAGCAAUGUGGAUAAAUAGUCAAAGAUGUCACUAACCUAAAAUUUAAACGGAUUUGUAGACAUAUAUAUAGAGAAAUAUAUGUGUAUAUACGAUAUGGAAAUGUUUUAAGCUAUAUGUACAUUUGCUGAUUUUCUAAGGGGCAUAACUUGUAAUUUGUCAAAUGAGCCAUUGCAAUUCUCUCUUUUGUACCUAGCUCACACAUAGAUCUUGUG